CUCCCCCCCCCCCCCCCCCCCUUCAUUUUUCUCCUCCUCCUCUUCCUCCCCGCCGCGGAGCCGGGCGCCAGCGUGAAGGAUAAAUAAAAAGCGAAGAGGAAGAGGCUGGGGAGGAGGAGGAGGAGGAAGAAGGGGGGGGAGGAAAGAAGAAGAAGAAAGCGAGCAAGAAAAGAAAGCGAGGAGCCAGGCGGCCAGCCCAGCCGCGCCGCUCCCGGCAGCCAGGGCAGGAGGCGGCGGCGGAGCGGGGCCGGCGGCCGGCGAUGGAUGACCAGCCGCGGCUGAUGCACACGCACAGCGGGGUGGGGAUGCCGGGGCACCCGGGCCUGUCCCAGCACAUGCAGGAUGGACCAGGCGGGGCGGAGGGGGAGGCAGGCAGGAAGCAGGACAUCGGAGACAUCUUACAGCAGAUCAUGACCAUCACGGACCAGAGUUUGGACGAGGCGCAGGCCAGGAAACAUGCUUUAAACUGCCACAGGAUGAAGCCGGCGCUUUUUAACGUCUUAUGUGAAAUCAAAGAAAAAACAGUGCUGAGCAUCCGGGGGGCGCAGGAGGAGGAGCCCACGGACCCCCAGCUGAUGAGGUUAGACAACAUGCUGCUGGCCGAAGGGGUGGCAGGCCCCGAAAAAGGAGGGGGCUCGGCCGCUGCUGCCGCCGCCGCUGCCGCAUCCGGAGGAGCUGGCUCCGACAAUUCGGUGGAGCACUCUGACUACAGAGCCAAACUCUCCCAGAUCCGACAGAUCUACCACACGGAGCUGGAGAAGUACGAGCAGGCGUGCAAUGAGUUCACCACCCACGUGAUGAACCUGCUGCGCGAGCAGAGCCGGACCCGGCCCAUCUCGCCCAAGGAGAUCGAGCGGAUGGUGAGCAUCAUCCACCGCAAGUUCAGCUCCAUCCAGAUGCAGCUGAAGCAGAGCACGUGUGAAGCUGUCAUGAUCCUGCGCUCGCGAUUUCUGGACGCGCGGCGGAAGAGACGAAACUUCAACAAGCAAGCCACGGAAAUCCUGAAUGAGUAUUUCUAUUCCCAUCUCAGCAACCCUUACCCCAGUGAGGAAGCCAAAGAAGAGCUAGCCAAGAAGUGUGGCAUCACAGUCUCACAGGUAUCAAACUGGUUUGGAAAUAAGAGAAUCCGGUACAAGAAGAACAUAGGUAAAUUUCAAGAGGAAGCCAAUAUUUAUGCUGCCAAAACGGCUGUCACGGCUACCAAUGUGUCAGCCCAUGGAAGCCAGGCUAACUCACCCUCAACUCCCAAUUCAGCUGGUUCUUCCAGUUCUUUUAACAUGUCAAACUCUGGAGAUUUGUUCAUGAGCGUGCAGUCUCUCAAUGGGGAUUCUUACCAAGGGGCCCAGGUUGGAGCCAACGUGCAGUCACAGGUGGAUACCCUUCGCCAUGUUAUCAGCCAGACAGGAGGAUACAGUGACGGACUCGCGGCAAGUCAGAUGUAUAGUCCGCAGGGCAUCAGUGCUAAUGGAGGUUGGCAAGACGCUACUACCCCAUCAUCGGUGACCUCCCCCACAGAAGGCCCUGGCAGCGUUCACUCUGAUACGUCCAACUGAUCUCCCAGCAAAUUGCAUCCCUGGCUGAGCAGGCCCCGGCGGGGGUGGGAGGGGAGGGGGCCUCUCCUAACACCGCAGCAGUCAGACUGGAGGUGAACCCAAUCAGCACACACAAGAAGACUCCUUCUCUUCUCUUCUCUUCGUCGGGAUGCUUUUUUCAGCCAAUCUGGACACUUCUUUAUACUCUCUUCCCUUUCUUUUCUGGGUAGAAGCCGCUCUCCCCCUCCUUGCCACUGCCACAACACCACUCCCUUCCCCUCCCCCCUACCCACUGAAGGUAGAAGGAUUUUAAGGAGGAGAAGCAAAAAUCCACCACCACCACAAAAACCAACCCCAGAGCAGUAUACAGCCUGAUGCUGGGUGUAUUUCUGAGGAGCCACAAAUGUACCUCAGUCACGUCUUGCUCCCUCGCUAGCAGGCAGCCCCUCUGCCUCCCUUCUUUCUUGCUACCUCUCCGUAGGGAAUCGCCACCAUAGGGAAUCUGCUCCCGCCUCAUCUCCGCAGCCUCCUGCACUCAGCCCUGCCCCAGUGAGCUGUCUCUUGGGUGCUGCAGGGACAGGGCAGAUGGCACAGGCCCCAUGUACGUAGAAGGAGCCAGCCUGCUCCCGUUCACUUCCAGAAGGUACCAUUCCCAUUGCCAUUCCCAGCCCCAGGGAAACCGCCAGCACUUCCCAGUCCCAGCCCUACUUGGCCAAGCAUCCGUCCCGCUGGCUGCUGUGAUCUGGAUGAGCCACGAAACCCUGCUGUCCUCCCUGCCGGUUGUUGGAGGAGAGAAGAGGAGGGAAGGAUGGGGAGGCAGAGGCAGGUGAGAAGCAGCCAUUGCUGAUAAUGGAGGUGCUUACACCUUCAUGGAGCUGUGUGGGAUCAGGCAUGGAUGGCUGAUGGGACACCAGCACUUCUCUCACAACAGCUAGAGGGGCUGGUGGUGGAGUUUUCCUGGUGAGGACAGUGUCACAGGGUGUUGGCUCCUGUUUCCAGGAGGUGCUGCACUGCAGGAGAGGAGGAGCUGGGUUCCCCAGUUCAGGCAGGACCCACAGAGGUUUAUGCCACCCCCUGUGUUCCCAAAGCCCUGCUGAGCUGGUAGCGAGGGAUGGGCAGCAGAAUGCCAGAGGCUGGAAGUCUGGAAGUGCUGGGUUGAGUGUCUCGGAUGCUUUUGAUAAUGCUUCAUUGCCACAGGUUUGCUCUGUAGGACAGGUGGGUGCCCCACUGAGGGGUGUCUGUGUGCUGAAGCUGCUGCUUUUAUCCCAGGAGUUACCCUGGGCAGUGGCCAUGGAAGAACUCAUGGGAUUUUCUGCACAGCUUUUCUGGUCCACUGUUGGGACAAGCAGUGGUGGCUGGCGAGCGAGGCUUCAUCCUGCCCCUUCAGGCUCAUGCUGGGAGGACGUGGCUUUCAUGGAAGAGCAGGAAGAGGCAACACCAGUUUCCCUGGGCAGCAGGCUGAGCUAUGUGCCCAGGUGGGACUUCUGGCCAUCAGUUCUUAGAGUGGGUGUGAGGAGGCUGAGCCAGCCUGCGUCAGGACCCUGGGUGUGCUGGGAACUGGUGUGGGUGCAGGAUGUCUGACACCUCAUAAUGGAUCUCAGUAUCCCUUGGGAUCAAUACCUCACGCUGUUGAAUGUCCAUGCCCACCCUGCUUGUGCUGGCCUCAAGGUGUGAGCUGCCAGGAGGGAGCAGAAUUAAGCAGAAACCAUUUAAAAUUAGAGCUCUGCCAAAAAUAUUUCCACCUUUCUGCUGGAAAAAAUACUAGUCCUUGCCUGCAGGGCACAGUGGUGGUGUGGCCACAGCUCUGACACACUGUUACCUUGCAGCACAGGGGCUUUAUGGGUCCAGCAGUGACACUUCUGGCUCCUUUUGCAUCCACGCCAGGAGUGAGGACCCUGUGGCAGAACAGGAUGUGACAUGAGGGGCCUAGGGCUGCCUCCUAGCUGUGUGUCAAGAGCAUGGAGAAGGUUCUUUUCCUGCAAGGACAGUCUGGAGGUGCUGCCCACCUUCCCGAGCUCUGCACCUUCCCACUCUCCCCUUCUUCCCGUGGCGUCCCUCAGUGCUGCCUUUCGUCCACUUCCAGCUUAUUUUACAUGAACCUGUUCUGGCAAAGCAUUCCAGGGACACGGGACUGGGUCAGGCCUGUUCUCCCAAGCGGCAACAGUGCCAUGCCUUUGGGAAUGCCAGUGUCCCUCUUGGAAACCAACCAGGAAUGAACCAAAACCACUGCCUGCUGGAGCCAGCCCACAUUGGGGCUGCCCUCCCCUGCCCUCCUGCCCCUCCUGCCUAUCCCCCUGCCCAGGCACCCCCUGCGUGGGCUGGGCCCUCACUCCUCCACGGUACUUUGCAAAUCCCCUCCUGAGUUCCCCAGUUGGUCCCUCCAGUUUGUGUUGGUGUAGCUGCUUGCUUGCCUUUUUAUUUGCUUUUUUUAUUUUUUGGGUUUUGUUUCUUCUCCCCAUUCUCCUCCCUUGCUCCAGCCCCAAGUGUUGUGGGUUUUUUUCUUCUUUUUUUUAUUACCAUUUUUUUUUCUGCCCAGAAAAACCUGACUUCGAUACCAAAAAAACAAAACAAAACAAAACAAAAAACCACAAAAAAACCACAAACAAAAAAAAAACCUGCAGAAACUCAAAAAAAAUAAAAAUGAAAAAAAAAUCACAAAAAAAACUCGAUGAUUCUUUCAGCUUUAUUAACAUUUUCCAUUGUUUCUUGCGAUUUGUGUCUCGUUCUUUGUAGUAUUGAUGAUAACGAACAUUUGAUAAUGAAUGUUCUUGUAUAUUCAGAUAAAGGAGAAAAAAAAAACCAAAAACGCAGUCGGAAUUUAAUAGUGUUUAUAAUAAAAGAAUAAAAAAUGACCCUCUUAGCACGCAAAAUUGAACAGGGGGAAGGUCCUGUCCCUGUUCUUUCUGUGGCAACAGGCGCUUCAUUCCUGUAUAGUUUAUAACAUCAGACUACCUACAUUCAUCCUCCUUUUUUUUGUUUGUUUGUUUUUUCCCAUGGUUUGGUUUUUUUUCCAUUUUCUUGCAUUUGUGAAUUAGUUCAAGAAUGCUAGAAAAGUGUAGAGUUGUGCACACUCAUUUCUUCUUUCACAAUGUUUAAAAAGUGACGGUAAUUCAUUUUGUAAAACUUUAAAAAGGAAAAAAAAUGGUUGGAAUAGUGAGCAUUAAUAGGUACAGUCUAACACUUUAUGUUUCUUAACGUUGAGACCCAGAAAUGAACCUUUUUGUUUGUUUGGCAUUAUUUGGGAUGGGGGGGAGGGGGGGGGGGGCGCUUUGAUGAUGAUGAUGAUGAUGAUGAUGAUGAUGCUGAGUUUAUUUUGACCUGAGACGAUGGCCUUGCCGCUUCCCCUGCAUUUUUGAGCUGUGACCUGAGUGAUGUGAAAAGUGAUGGUGGUGUUUUGGGGGGGAGUUCUUCUCCCCAGUCCUUUCACAUCCCAGCUCCAGAAGAUCCUUGCGUGGCUGCUCUGGGGCUGAGCAGUGGGAUUACAUCUCCGAAGAGAGAUGGAAUUCCGAGGGGUUUUGGGGGAGGAGAUGGGGAAUCAAGUCCUGAGCCCCCAUGGGUCUCCAUUCUGGGGAUGUUGCUGAGCUGCGUGGAAGUGAUGCAAGGGCAGGAAUCCUUCCCAAGAUGUGUAGAUAGCUGUACGCUCUGCCCUGGAUCCCAGUGUCCCAAAGCUGAAGGGUUUGGAGCAAGGAAUGUUCCAACCUCACGUCGCCCAUGGACCUUGCUGAAGAUGAGGUCUCGCAGCCUGGCCCCCAGCCCUGGCUGCAUCAGGGUGCUGAGAUGGGACAAGGGGUGGGACAUGGCCAAAAUGGCCCCAAAUCCAGCCCCAAAUCCCAGUGGCUGCAGAGUGGGGUUCAAGGAGGAGUGCUGAGGAAGGUGCUGGUUGGCAUCACUUCAGUUUUCUCUUAAAACAUUUUCCUGCUCCUCCCAAAACGCCUGAGCUUUUCACAUCACUGACUGGUUUAGGGUUUGGGGUGUUACUUUUAGUCCCAAGGUUUCUUGGAGUUCUUUUGGUUUUGUACACCUUUAUUAUUAUUAUUAUUUUAUUAUUAUUAAGACGAUGUAAAUCAGACAUUGCCUGGGGGGUUGGUUUUGUCAGUUUGCUUUUUUUGUUCUUGCAAAGGCCUUUCUGUCCUUUGUAAAGGUGAUCCAGUUCAGAGUUGCUUUUUCUUUUCUAUUUUUUUUCCCCCAUCUUUUUUUUUCUCUCUUCCUAAUGGAUUCCAAAUAUUAAAAAAAGAAAAAAAAUAAAAAAAAUAAACACCCCCCCCCCCCCCAAAAAAAGACAAAAAAAAGACUCUCUGUUCCAACCUGGUUUUGAAACUUUAAGCUUUUCUGCUUCUGUAAAGAAAAAGGCCUCUGUCUUUCUGAUCCCAAUUGAAACUUUUAUGUUCUAUGACGAUACUAACAAGGUGUAGGUUUUACAGUUUCCUGAUUUGUACUGGUAAUGCAUAUUCCAAAUAAAUAGUUUCUUUUGUUGCAAAAAAAAAAAAAUCAAAAAAAAAAAAAAAAAAAAACCAAAAACAACCA